AUGCCUCUACCAUCAACGGCGCGCACUGGUGAGGGGCGUAUGGAGCAUCAGCGGGCGGACCAGCAAGAGUCCCCGUGCCAUCUAAGCGCACUUUCUUAUGACCAGGCCCCCAGUAGCUCCUUGCCAGCCGUGGACGGCGACUCCCCGCCCAGGCGAGCCUCCGCGGCCGGAACAGUGGCAGCCAAUCAUAUCCAUCCUAUGAAAGCUGAGGAAGGCGGGCUAGGCUAUAUAAACAGCUGCGCCUAUCUAGCCGAGGUUGCGGCCGAGCCGCCCUGUUGCCCCAACGGCGACCGGAGCAGCAUUGACGACUGCGUUAGUGGGGCCGGCGUUGUCAGCUUUAGUGGUGCUUUUGAAUGCAACGGCACCCCCUGUGGGCCGCAAUCUCCAGGAACGGCCAAGGCUAUGCGCUGCAGCGACUGCGAUCACAGCGGCCGUGCCGCCUUGCCUUGCUGCGUUGGCGCGCCAUCGUCUUGGAACCCGCUAGAAAGGUCAGCCACGCGGAAAACGCCUGGAGCAGUAGCACCGCUGCCACAAUCGCCGCUGUGCGUUGAAGGCGGCGAGCGUAUGCAACAGCCCCAUUCUGCUUUGCUGUUCCCUGCAGCCGGCAAUGCCACCGCGGUCGUGCCUGCGGUGCCACCGCCACCGUCGCCGCCGCAAGGGGGCGGUGGCGGUGUUGUUAGGACAGCGACGGCAGGAUGGCCGGCCGAGGUCCUGCAGCGUGUGUCUGCAGCCGACUCCCCCAUGUCGCCUGGUCGAGUUGACGUGCCGCCUCCGCCUCCGCGACCCGACACGCCGUCGUCGUUUGAGACCCACUCAGCCGCAGCGGCAGCGGUGGCCGCAGGGCUUAGCCACGGCCACGAGAUGAAGAGUCCCUCUUCAUCUUCCAGGCCCAGUCGUAGAAGCCAUUCUAUUUCGGCACACACAUCUCCGGCUCAGCAGCAACAACCGCAACCUCAGCUUGAUUCGCAGCCCCCCAGUCCACAUCAACAGCAACAGCAAAUGCGAUUUACGCCACGGAAUCACGGGCCCCAGGCUUCUCCUGGAGUUGACAGCCGCUGGCCGGCAGCGACGGCAGCUGCAGCGGCGGUGGCGGGGAUAGCCGGCCAUCCCCAGUCCUGGAGUGUGCAGCAGCAACAACACCAGCUGCUGGUGUCACAGCAGCAACAACAACAGCAGUUACCGGCAGCCGUGGUGGCCGCGGGGCUGCCACUCCUAGCUGUGCCCGCAGCGGCGCUUCCAUACACACCGUGGGGCCCUGUGCUGCCUGCCAUACACGUCCCACAAGCAGCCGUCGCUGUUGCUGCUGCUGCUGUUGCCGCCGGUGCCGGUGUUGCCAUCUCGCCCUUUGCAACCCUACCUCUGGCAGUGGCAGCGUCCCCUGCCGGCCCAACGCCACCCGAAGUCACCGCUGCCGCCGCCGCUCCCGGCAUUGGCCAACAGUCGGGUUUCGGAGCACAUCAGAAUGCAGUGCUGCAGCUGCCGGCGGCCCCCGGGGGCCCUCAGGCUCCACCGCCGGCACCAGCGGCGGCGCCACAGCUGACACUGGGGUCAUCUGCCGAUUCCGAAGCGCUUGCGUCGCAGUGUCGGUUGGCGGGUGUGUUGCGGCAGUCUGGAAAGGCAGCUGAAGCUCUGGCCCUACUGGAUGGGGUGCUGCUCCGCCAGCCCACAAAUGUGGAGGCACUGCACCUGCGGGCGCAAUGUCAGCAGGCCCUGGGCCAAGUGCAGGAGGCAAUGUCCACGCAUCUUCGGGCUCUGGCGCUGGCCCCCGACCACAUACCCAGCCUGACGGCCCUGGGGGCCCUGUACCAGUCGCAGGGCCUGCUGGGCGAUGCGGUGGCGGUGUAUCGUCGAUCGCACGAGCUGCGGCCGGAUGACCCCACCAUCCGGGUGGGUCUGGCGGUGGUGUUGACGGACCAGGGGACCAAGCUGAAGAACGCAGGUGCCCCGGUGGCUGAGGCCGUGUCCCGAUACCAGGCCGCGGUGUCUCUGUGCCCCAACUACGCGCCUGCGCUGUACAACCUAGGUGUUGUGGCGGGGGAGCUGAGGCAGGGGGAUGCGGCACUGGAGUAUUACCGGGCGGCCAUUGCGGCAGAGCCCCGGUACGCGCAGGCUCACUGCAACCUGGGCGUGUUGCUGCGUGAGCGGGGCCGGGUGGUGGAGGCCGUGGCGGCAUAUGAGGCGGCCCUGGCCGCCGCCCCCAACUUCACCAUUGUGCGGAACAACCUGGCCAUUGCACUGACCGACCUAGGCACGCACAUCAAGAACGAGGGCCGGCUGGACGAGGGCAUCGCACUGUACGAGCGGGCGCUGUCGUACGCCCCGCGACAUGCCGACGCGCUGUACAACCUGGGGGUGGCGUACGGCGAGAAGGGCGACUUGCAGGUCACAGUCGCCACGGACGCCUUUCGGUCAGUUUUUACGUUUGCUACUCUCUUGCCCUGGCAGCAGCUUCAAUCGUGUGUGCCCCCGGGUGCCAUUGCUUUGCUCCCUUGUGCUGUAAAGCACUGGCCCGGGGAUGGGCGUGCCGCCUUCAUGUACGAGAUGGCCCUGGCCUUCAACCCUGCGUGCGCGGAGGCACAGAACAACCUGGGGGUUAUUUGGAAGGAACAGGCGAGAGACAACAUAGAGCGCGCGGUGGAGUGCUACUCGGCCGCACUGGCCAUAAGGCCCAGCUUCCCUCAGAGCCUCAACAACCUGGGGGUGGUCAUGACGGCGCAGGGCCGAGCUGCGGACGCCCUGACGCUGCUGAUGGCCGCUGUGAACGGAUCCCCCACCUAUACGGAGGCCCACAACAACCUGGGUGUGCUGCAACGCGACGUGGGGUGCAUUCCCGAGGCCCUGGCCUCCUACAGUCGCUGCUUGGAGCUGGACCCCCACUGCCGCAAUGCCGGACAGAACCGGCUGCUGGCGCUCAAUUACAUAUACCCCGGCGAGGCUGAGCUCGUCAGUUCUGCCCACCGGGAGUGGGGGGAGUUGUUCCAGUCCACCGUACAGCCACUGCCGCCACUGGGGCCGGGGGACAGGAGCCGGGAUCCGGACCGGCCCUUGCGCAUCGGCUACAUCUCCCCCGACCUCUUCACUCACAGCGUAUCGUACUUUGCGGAGGCGCCACUAACCCACCACGCACCCGGCCGAGGCUACCAGCACUUCGUGUACAGUUGUGUUCCCAAGCCCGACGCCAAGACCGCCCGACUGCGAGCUGGCACGGAGGCCGCCGGGGGUGUGUGGCGGGAGGUGGCUCGGCUGAGCGAGGGGGAGCUGGCGGAGCUGGUGCGGCGGGACGAGAUCGACCUGCUGGUGGAACUGACGGGCCACACUGCCAACAACCGUCUAGGCGUCAUGGCUCGGCGGCCCGCCCCCGUACAGCUGACGUGGAUUGGCUACCCCAACUCGACGGGGCUCAAGGCGGUGGACUACCGCCUCACAGACCAAGUGUGUGACCCGUGGACCACUGAGCAGACCUUUGUGGAGGAACUCGUCCGGCUGCCCGGCUGCUUCCUGUGCUACACACCCGCUCUGGACGCACCCCCGGUGGCGCCACCCCCCGCCCUCGCCAACGGCUACAUCACGUUUGGCUCCUUCAACAACCUGGCCAAGAUCACUCCGCAAGUGUUGCGGCUGUGGGGCGCCAUUCUUGCCGCCGUGCCCCGAUCCCGUCUGGUUCUCAAGAACAAGCCAUUCGCAUGCGAGGCGGCUCGGGCCCACGUGCUGCAGCAGCUGGCGGCAGUGGGGGUGGAGCCCUGGAGGGUGGACCUGCUGCCCCUGGCACCAGGCAACGCGCAGCACCUGGCCACGUACUCGUUGAUGGACAUAUCCCUGGAUCCAUUCCCGUACGCAGCUCCCAAUACCAAGACGCAUUGCCAGCAUUCCCAACAGCAGCAUCCCCAGUAUGCUCAGCAGCAGGCAGCGGCGGCAGCAGCUUCUGCCGGUACCUCCACACUACUCGGAGCCCAGCCAGCGGUGGGCAGUGAUCAGGGGCAGCAGCAGCACCACCACCACCACCAUCAACAGCACCAACAGCAACCCCCGCAACUACAGCACCUGCAAGAGGAAGGGGGGGAGCAGCAGGGGGUGGGAAAAUGCGGUGAGGAGGCGGACGGCAGCUCGGGCUCGGACUUGACCCCCCGGGACAUGGCGGUGGAGUCCUCAACGGCCGCCGCCGCCACGGUUGUCCAGAAGAAAUGUCCGACUGCUGCAGCUGCGGCUGCUGGAGCCGCAGCUGUAGGCGCGGGCACGGGCGCGACCUCCCCCGUGGCACCUGUUUGCUGCUGUUGCUCCAGCUGUUGUAGCUGUCAUCGUUUUUCUUCUUCGUCGUCGUCGUCGCCUUCUUCCUCGGUUCGGCCUGGCUGGGUGGCUCACAGCGAGACGGAGUACGUGGCGCUGGCAGUGGCCCACGCCUCGGACGUCAAGGCACUAGCAGAGCUGCGCUCUUCUUUGCGGGAGCGCAUGUUAUCGAGUCCGCUGUGUGACGGCCCGGCCUUCCUCCGGCGACUUGAAGGCGUGUACCGGGCCUUAUGGCGCAGGCACUGCGCCGCGUUAUCGGGUGACGCCGCGGCAGCGGAGGCAGCGGCGGUGGCCGCCGGCCUUCGCCGGCCGACAUCGCCCCCUGAGCAGUCACCGCCUGACAAGUCGCAGCAGCGCCCCCGGCAGAGCGGCGGUGCAGUUGGGCAGAUGUUCCCUUUCCGUGCAAACGACGCAAAGCCGCCGGCGCAAGCAGAGCGCAAACACGGCAAUAGCGCAAGGGAAAAGUACGCAACGAUGCCGCCUCUCUGCUAUGUAGAAAGAGGGCCUAUUCACAACUUCUCUAGUUGGUGGUACCUGGCUACUAAAUUUCUCAGCCUCUGCGCUUUUGAGGAGGCCCUCGCUACAAUGAUGCGGAUGCAAGAUACGACACACACGCAAGCACACAGCAUCACCAUCCCCGUGGCCUCUCUCUCUUUUUUGAUCGAACAUUCCAUCACAGCAUUUCGCCUCUGGUUCACUCAUUCACGCGCAAAAACGCUCAAGUUCCCCAAUGUUCUGAUGAUGGCAGUUGUGAUGAUGUUUUGCCUUGUCAACUCCGCAUACAACCGAAAACGCGAAAUCCGCUUGCGCAUCACACAGAUGGCAAUGGCCGAAGAAUCCUACAUCUCUACAACCAUGGUACCAAUACGACUGCUGGUCCAUACGACAACAAUUAUAAAAAAGCUUGGCAAUCCGCGCAAGCAUUAACUUUUUUCCAGGGCCUUCUGAUGAAACCCUGAACCACCACAUCAUUCCACAUAUGCACCACCUCCGUUGCGGCAUAUCCAAUACUCCCCUACUCGGGAUUCCCCGACAACUCGACGAGGGUUAAGGGACACAAAAAAGAAAGAUGUAAAUCAAGCCAAAACCACUCAGUUCCUCUCACGCCUUACGGCAAAACCACCUGCAGGCAAAACGCUGCCUCG